UCUCCCAACCUGGGCACCUCCUGUCCUGACCCCCUCCCUGUUCUCCCUGAGGAAAUAAGAGUGUUCAUGGAGAGAGGACCAGCCACUAUCUCUGCUGAAGACCAUAGGGUACCAUGCCAUUGCCAAACUACGCUCCAAGCAGUAACGAAAGCAUGCCUGUGCCAAAGAAAGCAGGAAGAAAAUCCCAGGCCGCUCCUGCAGAGGUGCCGCCGGUGUACGAGCCCAAUAUUCAUGAUCCCACCACCAGGGCUGACCACAUGAAAUACUGGAUCCCCCUCUCCCUGGAUGACAAAACGGCCCAGAAGCUGCUGUGGAUAUCCGAGAGCAACCUCAAGGUGUCGCGUAUGUCAGAGGAGGUGUGUCCAUACCCCAUGAGACCGGAGAGAUAUGAGCAUUCACCACAGGUGCUGUGUAAGGAAGGGCUGUUGGGGCAGAGAGGGUGGGUGGUGAUUGGGGCAGUGUACGAGAGCAUGCGCCGGAAGGACGGGCCAUGUGGGCUGGGGGAGAAUGAGAGCUCAUGGGGUGCGGGCUGGGCCGGCUCCUGCUACCACGUCUGGCACAAUGGGGAGAAUGUGGAGGUCAAGCUCCCUUUGUGCAACACCAUGAGCAUAUACCUGGACCAGCCCGCUGGCAUCAUCAAGUUCUUCAUCGUGGAAGGAGAAGGGGAGGCGGAGAAGGAGGUGCGACUGAUACACAAGUUCAAAACUAACCUCAAAGAGAAGAUUCUGCCUUGUUUCUGGGUUGGCAGUAAAUCCUUCUGUUGGAUCCGGAAGAAAGAGGGACAAUAACAGGAAGGGUGUAAGAAAGGAGAGAUGAAGAGAUUGAGAGGGGGAUGGAAUAACAGGUCAGGGAAGGAGUAAGAGAGGGAGGUAUAAUGGACAGAAGAGAAGAUACGUUUCUAAUAUUUGGAGAACAAGCACUGGUGUGAGAAUGCAGAAUUGAAGCAGAGAAUAAUGGAAUCUUCACAACAUGAAAUCAUUUGUAAUCUGUAAUAGAUUCACAUCAUGUCUACGGUUUUAAGUGUUGCUGUUAUCUCUCUGUUGCAUGAGGACAACUUAAGUAUGAAUUACUAGGUUAUAUUAUGAUAAUUUUUAGAAUUACAAUUGUAUUGAGUAUUACUAUUUAUUAGUACUGUGACUCCUUUCUGUUACAGCACUAGUUAGUGUUAGAGUAGAGUGUGUAGCUUGUAACAUUUUAUAUUAGAUUUAACUGUGUUCAUUUAUGAAUGUGAUGAAUAAAUACAACUGUGUAACAAUAAAGUUCAACUAUUUACACUGAACAAAAAUAUAAAACGCAACUACAACAAUUUCAACAUUUUUACUGAGUUA